CAUCCGUCAACCCAUCGUUUCCCAGCUCUCGUCGCCCGUCACUCAUCGGAGAAUAGCCUCCCAAGAAGUCUCCCUAACCUACGUCGAUGCUACCAGAUCCAAAGAUAUCGGUCUAUUUCCAAUAGAGUAACCUGUCUUUACUCGGAGAACGGACGCCUGUCGAUUUACCUGAAACUCUGCCGCUCGAUCCAGUCCUUUACUCGAUUUUCCUACCUCCGACCGUAAACAGAGGAAACAAACCAUCCAAUGAUCAUUGAGCUAGCCUAACCGGUCUGACUCCGCCCUUUUGGUGAUAAGAGACCAACCCUCUGCAAGGCGGCUUCUCACAUAGUACAGUACAAGCCGAGUUCUUCAGGGUGAGCAUUAAUUUUCAUUAGAGAUUUUUUACCACAGGAGGAAUCAUUUUGGCGCGAUCGCGUUACAACGUAAGAAUUUUCUGACAAACCUUCAUAGAUAAAUAACGUCGACUUUAAUAUAAUUCAAAAUGCCAAAAAAUCAUAGGAAUGGAUUUUACUACUUCAUGAAGGAAUUACAGGAAGAUUACAGACUAGAGGGUAGGACUAUUGCAUUGCGUGGUAUGGUUUCAAUUGCUCGUCCUUUGUGGAAAGACUUGUCUGAUAGUGAAAAAGCAAAAUACAAAACUAUGGCACGAGAAUAUAAGAGAAAGUCAAAAGAAAACAUAACUGGAAAAAUGUGUUUAGAUGAUGCGUCUCUUUCCAACAGUUUACGUACUGUACGAGAAGAACAAGAAAAAACAGAGGAAGCAGUGAAAUAUGUCGAAAGAUUCAUAUCCCAAAUGAAUUCUGUAGAUGAAGUUAAAGAGACAUCUUUCUUCAUUAUGGUUUUUAAUGUUUUAUGCUGCACUGACGACGGUGAAUAUAUACCAUUAGAAGUUGGAAUUACAAAAUAUUCGAUUAAAGAAGGAAUCGAAGAUUAUUUUCAUACAUUUAUUGAUGCUGGACGCAUACCUCUUGGAUACGGUCUAACUGCAAUGCAGCAUAGUUAUCAAACUCAUAAAAUUCCCACAUCAAAGUUUGAAUUGUCAGAGAGUAACUAUUUAAAAAUUUGUAAAAGUAUUGAAAAACUUGUCAAUUCAGGAAUAAAAGAAAUUGCACCAGUAUUUUGUUUGGAAGAAAGUAUAAAACAGAAUGAAGGUUGUCUUGAUUGGCUUUGUAAGAAAGCAACUUAUUACAAUAUACAAAACAUAAAAUAUUAUAAUUUGGUUCAUCUUUUAAUGGAACUUAGGGCUUAUGUGUAUCAUGCAUUUCCAAGUAAAAUUGCUGCAGCUGAUGUGUUUACUUCUAUUGCUUAUAAUUACGCAACUAAUUCACGUUGUGAUUUUCAUGAAGAUAUUGAUAAUCCAUAUUGUGCACUUGGGUGUGCCAAACGUUUGUGCUUUUUGCUUUCUGAUGCUAUUUGUCAAUUUUAUGAUUGCACUUCAAACCCCAAGCUUCCACCACCAUUACAAAUUAAAAAUAUUAUUGAUGUUCCAGUGAAAUCAUCCAAACAUCAUGUUAUCACUACAGUUAUAAAAAAAGACACAGCCAGCAAUAAUUUAUCUUGUGACUUCCAAGCAAUUUCAAAUACAUCUGGUUAUGAUGCUAAUAACCCUGAUAAAGUAUUUUCAAAUAAUGACUCUCCAUCUUUAAGUGAAUUAAAACCUAUAAGUGACAACUCUGAAAUGACACAGGCAAAUAUUCUGCCUUUUGUUUCAUUGAAAAGACUUAGCCUGACCCAAGACAAGAGAUUUGCAGCCUCAAGUUUAGGACGUGGUAUUGGGCGUGGAAAACAAAUCCCAUAAAAUUAAUUUUAAUUUAAUAUAUUAUUACAUUUUUGAGUUUUAGUAAUAAGAAAAUAUAUA